GCACGUCUGGCCAACAGUCCAGCGCGAACAGUUCGGAAGGUUGGGUGCAAAGGAUUAUGGAGGAGAUCAAGAAUAUAUCUAUUGGCACUCCUGGACCGACCGGACACGACACGCAAACCUCUGGUUACAUGCACAGCUCCACUCCCACAAAGGCAGCCAAUAUCGGGACUCUGCCUACGAACGUAGGCACGUUUACAGUGCUUAACCGUCCCACCAUUCCAUCGACGGGCUACUCUUGUGGCACUGACUCCUUCUUGUCCCUACCCGAACACCAGCAACAAACGUCGCAGCAGCAGCCACCGCCUCAGCCGCCACACGGUUUGUCGCAAACUUGGCCGCACCCACAACAGACUUGGACGCAUUCUCAACAAGGUGGAUAUCAGUCAAAUCAGGCUUGGCCUCAGCCGCAAACGAGUGGGCCGCAACCAAGUGCGCCUCAACCACAUCAGGAUGCACCGAACACGCAUCGGAGUGGACCAGAACAGGCUUGGCCUCAGCCACAGCAAGUUGACCAUCAGCCACAACCAGGUCGGUCGCAACAGCUUGCGCCGCAGCCGACACAGGCUUGGCAGCAGUCACAACCAGGUGGACAGCAACAGGUUGCGCCGCAGCGUCAACAGGCUUGGCCGCAGCCACAACUAGGAAGAUCGCAACAGAGUGCGCCGCAGCCUCAACAGACAUGGUCGCAACCACCACAAGGAGGACAACAACAGGGACCACAGCAGCCGCAGCCUCAACAGGUUCAACCGCAACCGCAACAGGCUUGGUCGCAGCGGCAACAGGCUUGGCCUCAACCACAACCGGCUUGGCAGCAGCCGCAACCGAAUUGGCCGCAGCCACAACAAGGUUGGCCUCAGCCACAACAGGUUUGGCCUCAGCAUCAACAGGAUUGGCUGCAACAAGGACUGCAGCACAUGGGACAGACGCCUCAGGACUGGACUCCCCCCCAUGUCCAACACCGCAGCAGUUACUGGCCAGACAGAUCAUGCCAAAGGAUUUACCUAAAUUUCAUGGAAACCCAGAGGAAUGGCCACUCUUCUUCACUGCGUUUACUAACUCCACCAACGCUUGCGGUUAUUCAAACGUGGAGAACAUGGCACGCCUUCAGCAGGCGGUGCAAGGAAGAGCUCUGGAACAGGUGAGGGGCCGGUUGCUUUACCCGACACUCGUGCCCCAGGUGAUGUCGACUUUGUAUAUGCUCUACGGAAGGCCAGAAUUGAUCAUCCAGACGCUACUGGACAAGGUGCGAGACUGCCCGUCGCCAAAGGCAGAGAAACUAGAAACCCUAAUAACCUUCGGCAUGACAGUUCAGAACCUAUGUGACCACAUAAUAGCCGCCGGUCACGUAGCACAUCUCUGCAACCCAGUCCUUCUGCGAGAGCUGGUGGAAAAGCUCCCAGCACAACAACGUCUGAACUGGGCUCUAUAUAAACAACAGUUUCCGGCAACCGACCUCAGCACAUUUGCUGCUUACAUGGCGAAACUCGUUGAAGCGGCGUCCGAGGUCACGGUCAUCACCGAUUCCAAACAGCCACGUUCGGGACGAACUGAACGCGGCGUAGAAAGGAGCUACGUAAACGUUCACUCAACCAGUGACUCGCCGACGAGAGAUGAACACCCCAAAAGAAGCACCGAAAAAGGAGACCGUGGACAUCAAAUGCUUAGCGUGCAACGCAACUAACCACAAGGUGAAAAACUGCGAGACGUUUCAAAAGUGGGAACUCAAUUUGCGCUGGAAGCUAGUUCAAGAUAACCACCUCUGUCGAACAUGCCUGGGCAAACACGGACGUCGCCCGUGUAAUUUAAGAACGCGAUGCGGUAUGGACGGAUGUCAGGAACGGCAUCAUGAACUACUACACCGCGAAACUCCAAAGGACCAAACGCCAUCACAGGAGGGACACAAUCGAGCCGGAGAAACGAAGAUCGCAGGAGAUGGGUUUAAUGCUCACCACGCUACAAAGAAGUCCACAUUGUUCCGAAUCCUACCAGUAACACUAACCUGGAUCUGUGAACACAUACGCAUUCCUUGACGACGGUUCCGACUUGACCCUAGUCGAACAAUCUAUCGCAGGACAACUGGGAAUCGACGACGGUGUUCCUACUCCUCUAUGUCUAUCUUGGACCAGCAACGUGACAAGACAAGAACCGAAGUCCCAACGCGUUCGUCUGGAGAUCUCCGGAGAAGGCAAGAAAGAGCGGUUUACUCAAGGGGGUUGACACUCGAUCAUUCUGGAAUAAUUCUGGGUUAAUUCUGGAAUGAACGGAAUGACGAUGAUGAUUCUAGCAAAAAUGAUGAAGUGCGGGUAAGAGUGUAACUGUCAUAAUAUUUAUCUUUCUAAACCAAAACAAGUUACGGUUCUCUGCAGCAUUGAGUAGGACCCGGUAGGACAACAGAACCGGCGGUUGUUCUGUACUGUUCCGGUGCCGUGCGACGUCCAGAGCAACGGCCAGAUUGGCCUUCACUGGAAUCUGACCGAGCUGCUGUUGGCCACUAGACGAGACAGCAUCUAAGUGGACCAGCUACGUACCGGCGAGGCCAACGUGCUAGUUAUUCCGGUGGAGGUCGAUACAGCGCAUCCAAGAUCAGGCUAGGAAGCGGCAGACGGAACUGAACCUGUUGGGGGACUUGUUUGGGCCGUAGAUAGCAAGGGAAGGGACUGAGGUGGCGGAGAUUCCUUGGACGAGUCGGAUGAGGAGUUCGCGAGGAGGCUGAUGCCGACGGGCAGAACUUUUUUUUGAUGAUUUGAAGACGUCAAAACGUGCUUGCCUUGCCGGCCGAGAUCGUCAUGAACAAAACCACCAAGAAGCAAACGUAAAUUCAGAUGCAGUCGCAGAAGAUUUCGGUACUGAACACCCCAUACAGUAACUUCGUGGACCAGUUACGCAAUGGCGAGGUCAACGUGCUGGUCGUUCGGGUGGAGAUUGAUCCUGCAACGCGUUGGGCCACACCGUUCUCGUCGUGCUGUUCAACAUUAUCGACCGAUUUCUAUCCAUACUGCUCGCACUCGGAGUGGCCAGUCAGGGGCAACCGACGAUGACCACCGAAAGAAUGCGAAAAUUGACACCUCGACCCGUACCAUCUGGACGUCGACGUCAGAUGGUACGGGGUCAAGAGCCACAACAUGGCGGAUAGUGUAAUGCAAUUUGGUGAUAUUGUGAAAUAAAGUAUAAUUAAAUUGAGUUAGUUUGAUUUUAACCAACUCGGUGACGUAACCGCCGCAUCAGUUAGUGGACAUCGCCCGCAAUCUAUCGGCUUGCACAAGGGCAUCCCAGUCCACUCGGCGGACCGACUGCAGGGUGGGGUUGCCAUUCGACGCACCAACGAUUUCCUCGCAAUCUCGUCGGAUGAUGAACUCGAAGUUUUUAUUCACAAAUUCUGGUCACGCACGCCGUGAUCCGAAAGGCUACGUCGGAGUAGUGGCAGUUGCAAGUGGUAAACUCGAAUCGGCCGUUCUGGUCUUAGCGAUGUUCUGGAUGAACGAACACGUCGUGGUUCCGGAAGUCCAAGCGCAAGCGCAUUCUCAAGCAGCUGCAUCCAGUUCGCCUCGUUCACUAUUAGAAACUGUAAUGCGAAAAAAAAUGUGUGUUGCACACGGUCAAAUGGGCCGCCACCGGCCCGGCAUCGCCACCACAAUGUGUGGCCGCGUCUGCAACCGUUGUACCACCAGUGGCUGAUCCGUCCUGCCGGUGACCACACAAACAGUCACCCCCAUCGGUUGACGGCCACCGAAAAUUGUUCCGCCAUCCAGUCACCGAAUAUCUCGUAGGCCAGCGCGAGGUCCACUCCAGGGUAUCUUGUACGCGUUGGAAAACGCCUCCGCAGGGACUUUUGCUUGCCACAAACGCCACGAACAAGGACACGGAAUUUUCAAUGUUUGAUAUUGGAAAGAUGUUUACUUUUCCAACAAGAGAAUGACAGUUUCAAAUUGCUAACACGCAAAAACAAAAUUAGGUAGAAACGGAAUUAUUAUGUUUAUGCCAGCAUCAUUCCAGAAUAAUUCUGGAAUGAACAGAAUGAUUCAAAUGAAAAUAUUCUAUGUGUCAACCCCCUUUGGUUUACUCUGAACGAUACGAGGACGGUAGCCAGCUUGGACCUGCCGAAGCAGACAAUGCGGUUCCCUGACCUCGCGCGAAAGUUCACCUAUCUACGAGGUCUGCCAGUCAGAAGCUACGAGGCAGCCACCCCUGGAAUCCUAAUCGGCUCUAACAACGCGGGACUCAUUGCCACGCUGAACCUGCGCGAAGGCGAACUUGGCGAUCCACUAGCCAGUAAAACACGACUGGGCUGGACUAUCUAUGGAUCUUCUUCAGACGGACAGAGAACGACCAACUUCACGCUACACGUCUGCAACUAUCAGGAGGACCAACAUGCUGACCAGGAAUUGCACGACCUCGUGAAACGCCACUUCACAGUCGAGAGCAUCGGCGUCUCAGCAGACAAGGGCCCUGAAUCCGAAGAAGACAAGCGUGCUCGCCUCAUCUUAAUGGAGACAACAAAACGUGUUGCGGAUGGGUUUGAGACCGGCCUUCUCUGGCGCCAUGACGAGACCAGGUUUCCAGACAGCUUCCCGAUGGCGAUGCGCCGCCUGGAGUGUUUCGAACGAAGAAUGAAAAAUGACCCCGAGCUGCAGGCAAGCGUUCAGCAGCAAAUCAAAGAGUACCUGGAGAGUAGUUAUAUUCACGAGGUGACGCCGGAGGAGAUUGAAAGCGCAAACCCUCACAAAAUCUGGUACCUCCCCCUGGGCGCUGUGCGGAACCCAAAGAAGCCAGGAAAAAUCCGACUAAUUUGGGAUGCAUCAGCUAAAGUCGGAAACGUCUCCCUGAACGCAAUGCUCCUCAAAGGACCUGACCUGCUCACCCCUCUGGCCUCGGUGUUGUGCGGCUUUCGAGAACGACCAGUAGCUGUUUGCGGUGACCUACGACAAAUGUUUCACCAGUUCAGAAUUCGGAGCGAGGAUGUACACAGCCAGCGAUUCCUCUAUCGGGAACACUUCACAGAACCCGUCAAGGUAUUCGCGAUGGAUGUAGGAAGCUUCGGUGCCACCUGCUCACCCUGUCAAGCCCAGUAUAUAAAAAAUCUGAAUGCCAGAGAGCACGAAAAGGAAUUCCCCGAAGCGGCCAAAGCGGUCAUAAACAAGCACUAUGUCGACGACUACCUUGAUAGUUUUGACACAGAAGCUGAAGCCAUCAAAGUCGCGCUGGAUGUCAAGGAACUGCACUCCCGCGGGGGAUUCGAAAUAAGAAAUUGGCACUCAAAUUCAGAAGCUCUUCUGGCACGGGUCGGGGAGCCCAAAAAGGUCUCCACGAGAGCCAUCAGCAUCGACUCGGAGAGCGAAGCAGAACGAGUUCUGGGGCUGUUGUGGCUGCCGGAAGAGGAUCUUCUAGCAUUUGCCACAGAGCUACAGCUAGACGGAAUUCCUCCAACAAAACGGAACAUCCUGCGUUGCGUUAUGAGCUUGUUCGACUCCCAAGGUUUGCUGUCCCACAUUACCAUUCAAGGGAGGAUGAUCAUCCAGGACACCUGGCGCGGCAAGACGAAUUGGGACGACGAAGUCAUCGAAACAAUACGCGUGCGGUGGCUCAGAUGGACACAGCUGUUUAAGAAGGUCGGAGGAAUUAGGCUAAACCGGGCGUACUUCCCAGGAUUCUCUGCAGCGGAGAUUGGCGCGGUUGAGCUACAUAUCUUCACCGAUGCGAGCGAGGAAGCUUACGCCUGUACUGCCUACUUCCGGGUCGUAAUCAACGGGAAAGUGUACGUCACGCUGGCGAUGGCUAAAGCUAAGGUUGCCCCGUUGAAAGCGUUGUCAGUACCACGUCUGGAGUUAAUGGGGGCUCUGCUGGGGGCACGGCUGGCUAAAGCUGUGAUGGAAUACCACUCCUUUCCUAUCUGUCGCCGGGUCUUUUGGACAGACUCAAAAACAACGCUCGCCUGGAUCCAGUCGGAACAUCGCCGGUAUCGACAAUUUGUGGCCUUCAGAGUAGGAGAGAUUUUGAGCAAGACUGAUGUCAUUGAAUGGAGAUACGUCCCAACUCUACUCAAUCCGGCUGACGAAGCAACCAAAUGGGGUAAGGGACCCAGCACUGACGUCAACUCAAGGUGGUUCAGCGGACCGGAAUUCCUCUAUCUACCAGAAACGGAAUGGCCGGCGCAAGUGUCGACAGAACUGGAUACGGACGAGGAGCUUCGGCCCUGUAUGGUUCACCGGGAGCAUCAAACGGAAGAUGUCUACGAAAUCAACCGCUUCUCCCGUUGGGAGCUUCUUCAAAGGACAGCAGCAUACGUUCACCGCUUCAUCGGGAACUGCAGGCGCAAAAUGCAAAACCAGCCUCUCGCAGCGGGGUGCUUGAAAGGAAGAGUUGCGGACAGCGGAGCGCAGCCUGUGGCGCACGGUGCAGCUGUCAGAAUAUCCGGACGAAGUUAUCGCUUUAAAACAAGGAGGAGCACGACCCAAGAAGACCAUCGAGAAGACAAGCCCCCUAUAUAAGCUGACACCAUACCUG